AUGUCAUCAUCAUUAUCAUUAGCAUAUAAUAAUAAUAGUAGUAUACCAUCAUCUGUAUUAUUACAACAACAACAACAACAACAGCAACAACAACAACAGCAACAACAACAACCAACUUCAUCAGGAUAUUCACAACAAUGUCUAGUACCAGAUAUAUUCAAAUUUUCAGCUAAAGUACAAUUAGCUGAAACCAUCAGUUACUUAACACCAGUACCGGUUGAAAGUGUUGAAAUUUUAAUUAAAUCAUGUUGUUCAUUAUUACCAAAUAAACAAUAUAUUGAUAUUCAACAAAACGAUCCAUCAAUUAAAAGAAUUUUCGAUUUAAAUCCAUCAUUAUUUUCAACAAUGAUUAGUAUUCGAGCACAAGAAUCAGUUAUUGCACUAUCACAUUUUUAUAAAUGUUCAAAUGGUAAUGCAGAUAAGAGAAUUUUACCAAUUUUAAAAUCAUUUUUAGUGUAUUUAACAUAUUUUGGUAAUAAUAGUGGUAGUAGUGGUAAUCAAUUGAACCAAUCUUCACAAUCAAAUAGUAGUGUAACUCAACAAUCACAAAUAUUUUCACAAUCUAAUGGAUUAUCAGUACCAGUUGGUAUUCAUCAAAAUGAUAUUCAAAAUUCACAAAAUUUCACCUAUUAUCUAUUGAAUCAAUUAGCAAUAUUAUCCCAUAUUUCCACUGAAGCUAGUGAUGAAAUUGUACCAGUUUUCUUGGAUUUCUUUAAUCAAAUUAUAAAGAAUGAGCAAGUUUCAAUCAUCUAUGGUACACUUCAUGCAUUGGCUGAUAAAAAUAAUACUUUUAAUUUCAAUAAUGAUCAAUUAUCAAAAGUAAUUAAUUCAAUUGAAUUAAUUGUUGAAAAUAAUUCAAAUACAAAAUAUAAUCAAAAAAAAAUUCUUUUAUUAGUUUGUCAAGCAUUUGAAAGAAUUACAUAUUUAAAUGAAUUAGAAAAGGAUGUAACUAGAAUUUAUAGAAAUGUAUUCCCAUUCACUACAUCUUCAAUUGCAUCAACUGAUAAUGAAGCAUUUGUAUCUAUUAUUAAUGUUAUUAGAAGAUGUGGUAUUUUAGAAGAAAAUAUUGGUAAAGAAGUUUUAGAUUAUUGUAUUAGAUUUAUUUCAGAGAUAAAGAGUUUAACUGAUAGUGAAUGUUCAGUAUUAUUAAGUAAACCAUUCACAGAACAACUUUAUCAAUCAAUUUUUACAUCAUUGGUUGAAAUGACAGAUAAGUAUCCUGAAAAGUUAUUAAAGGUAAUUGAAGUAUUAAAAGAUUUCCUUUGUGUUUCACCAGUGAUUAAGAAUAGUGAAGAGACUAGAAAUUCAUUAUUCACUUGUAUUUGCAACAUUUUAACAAAUGAAUAUAAAAAAGAAAGAGGUGUUGAAAAUUGUAAAUCAAUCGUUACAUCAUUCUUAAAUACAUUACAUACAUUAUAUACAGGUUAUUUAAAUGAUAAUCUCAAUAGUAAUGGCAUAACACAACAAAUUUCAUCAACAAAUACAACACCAUCAUCCUCAUCAACUUUAACAACAUCAAAUAGUAAUAAUAAUACAAAUUCAAAAUCACCAAAUUUAAAUAGUGCAAAUAUAAAUUCAAAUAAUAAUAAUAAUAAUAAUGGUAUUCAAAUUCAAUCAUUAAAAAAUAUAAUAAUUAUAAUUGGUAAAAUUACAUGUUCAUUAAAUGAUUUAGGUAUUAUUGAAAUUACGAAAUCAAAUUUCAUUAGUAGAUUAGCUUUUCCACCAAGUGAAAUUGAUAAUUUAAUAUUAUUUCAAUUGACAGAUAUUGGUUUAUUGGAACAUCCAAUUAUAACAGAUUCAAUUGUUGCAAUGAUUACAAGUUUAUUUAAAAAGAUUUGUAAAGAUUCUAAUCAAGGUUUAAUUACAAAUAUUACCGAUAUAGCAUUACAAAAAUUGGCAAAACAUUUAGUUAAUGAGAAAUUACGUCUAGAUUUAUGUAGAAAGAUUUUAAAACUUUUCCAACAGCUAGGUAAAAGUUUUAGAAGGGGUGAUAAUAGUAAUUUUUCAAAUACAAAUGGUGGUGGUGGUGGAGGUGGUGGUAAUUUCAAUAGUAAUUAUAAUAAUAUGGAUCCAAAUUAUUUAUCAUCACCAAUUUUAAAAGGUAUGGGAUUCUUAUUACCAACAAUAGCAGAGUUAAUUAGAACUAUACCAAUUAGAACAUUGGAUAGUUCAAAUUCUGUGGUUUUUAAUGCAGUUGUACCACCUACUGGAAUCAAUAGUGAUGGAGAGGAGUUGUUCAAUUUAAAUAGUGCCUCUGAUGUUAAGCUUUAUAGAUCGGUUUGGUUCUAUUGUGUUUUCUUUAAAUUCUCAAUUCAAGGUAUAUGGAGAAGUGAUUGGUGGCUAAGUGUUCAAAUGAUAGCUGCACAUUUAUCACCAUUGAUUUCAAAUAAACCUCAUAACUACUUGGAAAUGGAGGUUGAAUUGGAUAGUAUUAUUAAACAAGGCCUUGAAAAGGACUACUUUUACAAUGUUAAACAAUCAUUGGUUGAACAAUUACCAAACUAUACUGCCUAUAUAAAGAAUUUAACAUUGGCUCAAUUGGGAUUCAUUCAUUCGGUUUACAUAUUGGAGACUAUGAGAUUCGCUGUGUCUGGCUCAUUCGAAUUGGCAUUUGGUUAUUUGGAAGAUCAAGGUAUUGAAAACAUUAAUGUAUCAUCUUGUAUUCGUGCAAUUGUCGAUAAGGUAUUCGCAGAUUUCCUAACUGGCUACGCUCCAAUCUCGACAACACCAAUCGCAGAAUAUGAGUUAUCACUCCAUGCCGCUUUCCUUUUGGUCAAAUUUUGUUAUCCACACGAACCAGUGCGUAAGGCUGCCGAUGAUUAUAUCUCAACAUUGGUCACUAAAUUCCCACAAGUUUUAUGGAGUAAACAUUGUCUUUCAACACUAUUGGAUCUAAUUGAAGCCAUUGGUAAAGGCGCAAAAGCAAAACCAAUGGAUAUGAUUUCAGUUAGAUUAACUCAUUCACAUCUAUUGAUUGAAUUACCCGAUGAAACACCAGUUCGUCAACGUCUUUUACAAGAUAUCAUAGCUUUGGGUAACAUUUGGUUAAAGAGUGGUACCAAUGCAGCACCCUCUGAAAUCCAAGAAUUACUUCAAGAGUAUAUGCAAAGAUUUAAUCAAUUAAAACAUCAACAUAUGGGUCUAUCAUUAGCCGUUGAAAUUGGUUCGAAUGCUGAUUUAGCAGCCGAUAAAUUAAUCUCAAAUCAUGGUGCUGAAAUUUUAACAAAUCAAGCUGCAAUCAAUAAUCAAUCACAAUUUAACAAUCAAUCUGGUGGUUUGGCAAGUUGUACAACUAGUAAUGCUGCAAACUUUGUAAAUUCAUUACAAUUAAAAGUACUCUAUGGUGGUGAAAUUAAAGGUAUGUUACAUAUGAUGAAUGUUAUGGAUGAACGUGUUCAACAAAAGAAAUUAUUACAACAACAACAAAAACAACUUAAUGGUGAAGACAAUGAUGAUGACGACGACGACGAUGAUGAAGAAAUUUCAGAAGAAAUUGAAGAUAGAGCAUAUGAUAUUUUAGUUAAAGAAUUUGAAAAUUUAAUUUCAAAUGUUCAUAAAAGUAAUCAUCCAGCAAAUAAUAUGGCAUUCAUUUCAAUUAUGUAUAGAUCAUGUGCAUUUUUAAUUAAUCAUUACUUUGGUUCAAAUGUACGUUUAAUUCAUAUGAUUUGUUAUGCACCUGCUUAUAUUUUCACAAAAGAAUCAAUGGAGAUUGGUGUUGGCUGUUGGAAAUGGUUAUUAGCUGAAAGACCUGAUCUUUCAAAAUUCAUUAUGACUUCAAUUAGUGAUAUUUGGACAUGGACAGUUAAUCAAAGAAUUGGUCUUUUUGCAAAUAAUGAAAGAGAACCAUCACCAUUAUCUAUCUCUAGUCAACAAACUUCAAUGGAUAAUAAACAAGUUAAUGAAAUUUUAUCAACUUCACCAAAUAAUAAUAAUAAUAAUAAUAAUACCAAUAAUAAUACCAAUAAUAAUAAUCCAAUUAUUAAUGAUCCUGAAGCAAGUACAACUGGUGGUUUUAAUAAAGAAGAUGAAAGAAAUAAAUAUAUUAGACAAUUUAAACCACCAAAAUCAAUUGAUAAAACUAGUGAUGUUCCUCAUAAGAUUUGGUUAGAUUUCUUAGAAGAAAGAUUCACUGUCUCUAGAUAUAGCUCACAAGAUCAAAUGGAUAUUAUUGUUGGUAUCAUUCAAAAAUCAGUUAUGGAUCCAGAUGGUCUUAGUGUUUCACCAAAGAGUUUAGGUUCACGUUUCAAAUUAUUGUUAUUGGCAAUGAAGUUAAUUCAAGGUGAUUUUGUUCGUGAUGCUUUUAAUACUCGUUUAAUGCGUGAAAGAGUUUAUUUAGCUUCCCUAAGUUGGUUUUAUUUAGCACCAGUUUGGUAUGGUCCUGCUGAAGCUGGCUCACAAGCUCAAUUAGAAAUUGAUACAAAAACAUUGAUUGAAUAUUGUAAGACACUUCAAGCUGAAACUAUCUUUCAAUUUAUGGAUAAACGUUAUACAUUCAUUCAAAGUACUGGUAGUGGUAGUGGUAGUACAACUGGUAGUUUAAGAAGUGGUGUUAGUGGUGUUGGUGGUGGUGUUGGUGGUAAUAGUGGUAUUUCAAAUGGUGGUAUUGCAAAUGGUGUUUCAACCAAUAAUAAUGUUGGUAAUAUUAAUAAUAAUAAUAGUAAUUUAAAUCUUGGAUCAAAUUCAGUAUUACUACCAAAUGGUAAUUAUCAACCAUCAACCUAUGCAACUAUUAGAGGUAGUAAAAUGUUACAACAAUUAGCUAAUGGUAGUAUUGGUAUUCCAAUGGAUCAAUCAAAUGGUUCAAUAUCAUCUUCAUCAUCAGUAAGUGGUUUAACACAAAGUUUAUCAUCAACCUCGUUAUAUGGUGGAUUUAGUAUGCAUAAUUAUGGUAGUGGUAUUGGUGUUGGUAUAAGUCCAAAUAAUUUCGCACCAACAACAUCAAAUAAUCCUUACUCUUCAGUGGUUCGUAAUUCAUCAACAUUAAAACAAAUUAAUGAAUCAUCAUCAGUAUCAUCAUUUGAUUUAAUGAAUUAUGGUGGUGGUGGAUUGGAAAGUACAAGAAGUAUGUUAGAUAUUGCAGGUGGUGGUGUUGGUACAAUGACAUCAGUUGCAGGUCAACAAAUUUCUCAAGCAUUAUUAUUGGAUUCAAUAGCAGGUGGUAAUUUAAAUAAACCAGUUGUAAGUGAAGCACAUUUAAUUGAGUUAAGAAAGAGAAGAAAUUUAAUACUUUUAUUGGUUGGUAAUGAAUUGGAGAGAAUGUCAGCAUGGAAUUCACCAGUUAGUCGUAUCUCUACACAAAUUCCAGAACAAACUAAAUUUGUCUAUGAAAAUUUACCAAAAUCAAUGAAAUUGAAAUGGAAAGAUUAUUUAAUCUCUGCAUGGAAAAUCAAUCCAAAAUUGGCCAUUCAUUUUAGUUCUCGUUUCCCUCAUUCAAAGAUUAAGAGUUUAUUAAGUGAAAUGGUGGUAAAGAAUACUAAAGCAGUUUUAGACAUUCCAGAGGCAUUACCAUUUUUAGUGACUGAAGAGAAUGUCAAGGCCAAUAUACCAGAGUUAAAGUAUCUUUUAUAUUGGGAAACUGUUACACCACCUAUGGCAAUUUCAUUAUUGGGAAAACAAUAUCAUUCUCAUCCAUUGGUUUCACAGUAUGCAUGUCGUGUACUUCGUUCAUUCCCACCUGAAACCAUCAUGUUUUACAUUCCACAAUUAACUCAAGCAUUACGUUACGAUAGAUCGGGUCAAGUUGAGAACUAUUUGGUUCAAGCAUCUAAAACCUCUGAACUUUUAGCUCAUCAAAUCAUUUGGAAUGUUCAAACCUACACUGAAAGCGAUCCAAAUGGUCGUAUGGCACCUAUCGAUGAUCCAAUCAUUCAAAAUGUUGCAAAACGUUUGAAAGAUCGUGUCAUUGAAGAAAUGCAAACUCAAGAUAAAGUCUAUCAAAAUUAUCGUGAAGAAUUUGAAUUCUUUGAAUCAUUCACUUCAAUCUCUGGUCGUUUACUUCAACUUAAAGAUCCAUCAAAGAGAAAAGGUCAAUUGAGAGAUGAAUUGAAAAUGUUAUCAGUUUCAAGUAAUCAUUCACCAUUGUAUAUGCCAACCAAUCCAAAAUCAUUAGUUGUUGGUUUAGAAGUUGAUUCUGCAAUGACACUUCAAUCCGCUGCAAAAGUACCAAUUCUUGUAAACUUUAAAGUCAUUGAAAGAAAUUUACCAACUCCUUCAUCAAGUAUCUCAAAUGUUAAAUCACCACCACCAAGUAGUUCACCAAUUGAAACAACUUCAUCAGUUGCUCCAACUGGUACUUCAUCAAUUCAUUCUUCAUCAUCUUCAACUUUAUUACCAAUACCAUUACCAAUUAAUGGUAGUAGUAAUAAUAUUAUUAAUAGUAGUAAUAAUAAUAAUAAAAAUAUUACUGUAUCACCAUUAAAAUCAUCAAGUGGAUCUGCAAUGGGACCACCACCAUCACAACAACAACAACCACCAUUAUUAGGUAGUACAAAUCCAUUAUUAAGAGAAAGUACAAGACAACUUAGAAAGAAUGUAAAUAAAAAACCACAAGAAAAUAAGGAUACUGAAGCAAAUAAUAAUAAAGUUCAUAUUCAAGGUUGUAUCUUUAAAUCUGGUGAUGAUAUUAGACAAGAUAUGUUGGCACUUCAAAUCAUUGAUAUCUUUAAACGUAUUUUCAAAUAUGUUGGAUUGGAUCUAUAUUUAUUCCCAUACAAAGUAAUUGCAACUAAACCAGGUUGUGGUAUGAUUGAAUUGGUACCUAAUACAAUGUCACGUGAUCAAAUUGGUAAAAAAGUUAAUGGUAAUCUUUACAAUUAUUUCAUUAGUAAAUAUGGUAAUAAAAAUUCAAUCGGUUUCCAAAAUGCUCGUAGAAAUUUCAUUAAAUCGAUGGCUGCCUAUUCUGUGGUAAGUUAUAUCCUUCAAAUUAAAGAUCGUCACAAUGCAAACAUUUUAGUCGACGAGGAGGGUCAUAUCGUUCAUAUCGAUUUCGGUUUCAUUUUCGAUAUCUCUCCAGGUGGUGAAUUGUUAACAUUUGAAGCUUCCCCAUUCAAGAUGAAUCAAGAAAUGAUCGAUAUUAUGGGUGGUAAACCAAAUGCUGAACAAUUUGUUUGGUUUAUGGAACAAUCAGUACGUGCUUUCUUGGCUGCUAGACAACAUAUGGAUAGUAUCAUCACCUUGGUCGAACUAAUGUUGGAUACCAAAUUACCAUGUUUCCGUGAACAAACCAUUUAUAAUCUUCGUCAAAGAUUCUGUCCAAAUAAGAGUGAAACUAUUGCUGCUAAAUUUAUGAGUAAAAUCGUUUUAGAUUCUUUCUCAACAAUUAGUACUUUCUCUACAUAUUUCUAUGAUGUUUUCCAAUAUUAUGAUAAUGGUAUUGAAAUGUAA